AGCUUUGCCAUCGAAAGCCCGGUUUCUUCCCGUCCGGGGGCCCUUUGAUACAUCUGUCUGAGUCAGCUCCUGCCAUGGGGGACCCGCUCAUAUACUCCGACAACGUCUUCACCUUCCAAAAGGCCCUCUCAUGCCUUCUCCUCAUUGCCCUCGGAGCCGCUAUGUGGGCUGCCAAACUGAGCACUGUGAGCACUUCAAAGGCAGCACACGGAUGCUGUCCUGCCAUGGCGGCAUUGCAAACCAUUGUGUCGCAUGCAGGUGCAAGAUGCCCUUGAGGAGAUACUGGACGGUUUCGCCCAAGCCGUGGACAAAGCCCUGGCCUUGCUGUCCGUCGGGGUGCUUGUCAGCCUACUCAGGUCCAUGGUCACUUCCAAGAGGCUCGAGUUCGACCCGAGGGAAGGCCAAAUGAGACAGAGGGUGAGACACAGCGAUUGAGGUGCCGUGCCCUUCUCUAUUACUAGUCGAGCUGAGUCUCCUUUUGUGUGCAGGAGUGGCUGUGCGGGUGCUAUCCCCGGAAGUGUGAAGAGACCGAGUUCGACGACAUCAAAGAAGUGUUCAUCCAGCGGACACUCAAGAGCGAGCGGCAGGUGCUCUACGACAUCGGACUUCACAUCGACGGCGAGGGAGGCGGAAAUACCAUCUUGACGCCCAAACAAUUCUUCCACGUCCGGGUGUGGGACGACGGCAGCGGGAAGCACAUGCAGAUCCCCAAGGACCUCCUCACCAAGGCCAUCGCCAUUUCCAAUGUCACGCACACAGAGGAGACAUCACCGUUCUGUGUCGGUUUCAUUGUUGUCCACUUGUCAUGCAGAUGGUGGGCUGUUGGGGGAGCGUCACGUGCCACGACGUCAAGGUGAGCCGUGGCGGUCUGGGCCGCUCCGAGCAGCGCACUCAGUACCCUUUGGUGGAGGGGGGCGACAUGAGAAGUGACCAGACACCCCUGCUGUCGGCCUAAACCAUAGACAAGACACAACACAAGACACGGACUGCACCUUACCGGCAAGAGUGAGAGAGGGAUACGAGAGAGAAACACCGCGUUUUCUUUCCUUUGAUGUGGGAGGGGACAAUGUUAAAAGGAAUGAAUGCAAUGCUGCUGCACGGACAAGAGAUUGAUUCAGAUGAAUGACACGUAGAAGGGGCC